AUAGAAAUCCACUCGAGCAUCCUUCCGCAAGAGGAGCAGAGCGAGGACUCCGUUUUUUUCGACGGAUGGGAAAUUCCAGGUUGUUUCUGCCAGCUGUUCACGCCUUAUUAAUCUCUUUAUAAUCUUAAAGCACUGUUUACAUUUAUUUUACAUUUAUUCUUCAAGCACAAACAAAUCGGAGACGUUUUCUUGGCUGUUUUUGAGGCUCGUCGUCUCUCCGGUGUCGCCGCCUGCACAGCCGCGUCUUUGCCGCUCCAUCCUGCAUCCUUUAUGCACAGCACGCUUCUCCAGUCCUCCCCUGUAAAACACACCUUCGUGUCCGAGCACCAUGGCACGCUCCCGGCGCUCUCAUUGAGAGACAUGGAAGCCAAGCAGCACCCGAUAAAGAGUCUCAAGAGCUACCCGGAAACCGGCGGCCGGAGCCUGGCAGCGGCCGCCGGUGGAGACGGAGGAGGAGGCGGCGGAUAUCGAGCCGGCUCGGCUGAAAUGGAGAUGGAGGCGAAGAUCCAGAAAGCCGUCGACUUCAAGGCGGAGGGUCACCGCUGCUACAAGGAGAAGAAAUUUCGGGAAGCGAUCGGCAAGUACCACCGGGCACUGCUGCAACUCAAAGGGGUGCAUGUGGCCGACGGGACGACGGGCUCCGAGGUCAACCUGCUGAACCAAGCUGCGGCCAAGCUGACCGAGGAGCAGCGGAGAGCCGUGGAGAGCACCGAGAUCGAGUGCUACGACCACCUGACGGCGUGUCUGUUGCAGUCAGAGCUGGUAAACUAUGAGAGGGUGAAGGAGUACUGUCUGAAGGUGCUGAGCCACCAGAGAGAUCACUUCAAGGCCAUGUACCGAGCCGGCAUCGCCUUCUACCACCUGGGUGACUACGAAUGUGCCCUACGCUACCUGCGUGACGCUAAGAACCGCGAACCCUCAGACACCAACGUGCUGCGGUACAUCCAGCUGACAGAGAUGAAGAUGAGCAAGUGUGGUCAGCGGGAACGAGAGAGCGGCAAAGAGACCCAGGGCUAACCCUUGACCUUUUCACCCUCCUGACCCCAUCGACCUUUGACCCCACCUCGAUCCUCCCUCUCUCCUCUAUCGACUCCUGACGGCAGCACAGAAAACAGAAGAGACCGACCCAAUGACCCGCCAGCGAUGGAUAAAAACGGAAGACAGAUAAAGCUCUGUCUGCAACCCGACCUCCUUUUCCUUCUCUUCUCUCUUCUUCUCCCCCUUUUUCUCCCGUAGGUGCUGCGGUUCCUCUCCUUAGACGCAGACAGCCGAUCAAACAUAAAACAAAAAACAAAAAAUGCUGUAUUAUACUUAUAUGAAACAUCGUGGUGGAAUGAAAAAGGAGCUUCAAAACAUAAUUAUGAAUAAUGGACAUUUGCGUGAUUUAGUAAAUGUUUUAAAGACAUGAAAUGCAUUUUGUUUCUUCUCUCUCUUUUUCUCUCUUUUUCUCUCUUUUUCUCUCUUUUUCUCUCUUUUUCGCUCUGACUUCUCUCUCGCUGUAUUAUUUUGAACUUUUGAGGAGAAUAUCGGGGUUGGGAAGCUCGACCACACCGGGAAGAGGGUAGGAGUGUGUGCGACCAUAAGCAGGGGAUAGUGAGGGGUGUGUGUGACACAUAUCAAGACCAUAACCCAAUUUGAUUGUACAUCCAACCCCAAUAGGGCUCACUCAGGCCCCUUAACGCAGACGAUGGGACAGACUAGAAUCUUUCAUCAAGUAGAGAAAACGCCUGCCUCUGUGCUUAGUCUAUCGCUCUACUGGCUCACUUUUCUUUCCUGGAUGCCAUGUCUCUCAGUUUAUGGACUGUUGUUUCUUUUUCAAUUCAAGGGCUAAAUCAAGUGUUUGAAAACCUUCACUAGGGUUUUUUAUUUGCUUUUGUCGUUCAUCGUGCUCCGUAGUAAUUAUUCUGUGUCUCCAGCGGUUCUCGCUGUCAUCAGGUGUGCUAUUGUGGAAACUGGUGUGUCUUGAAUCUGUUGUCCGAAGCCCCUCCUGGUUUGUGUGUUGUUGUUGAGACUGUCGAAGCCCCUCCCUCCCCCACCCCUCUCUGUUACCCUGUUAAUGAUGUCACAACGGAAAAUAGCCAAUGGGAUCAGAGUUCCAACAACUGCCGUUGGCUAGAUGGGAAUCCACAUCAAAGUUUCACAGUGAGAAACACUUUAAAAUUUCUAAACAACCUUUUAUCGCAAAUGCUGAAGCUUCUCAGACAUCGAUAUCACCCCGAGGAGACUCUGGGCAGCAAUAGUGCAGGGAAAACAAUCACACACACAUCUGUCCUGACAGUCCUGACCGCCAUCUUGGAGCACUCAGCUGUAGUGCCAUUUGAGAUUUCUUCCUCUUUAGUUUGUUGAUAAAACUUCUGUGUUUGAAAAUGUUUCCAAACGUAGAGCUGUGAGGACAGAUAGCACACAGCAUUAAGCGACACUACUGAUGAUAUGGUUGUAGAUAUCCACGGCUACCUGUCAAAAUAUACAUAAAUAAUUUGCUUCUCUUGUGACUUGUGAAGCCGAAUCAUUGAUAAUGCAAACACUGCUUUUAUGAUAGCUUUACCACAAGCUUAAAUCUGCCUGCGCUGUUCUGCAGAAGGUUGAAUUGACGAUUUAUGAAAGCAUGACCUGAAUUUCCCUUCUCUCUGAUGCCAUGAAACCCAGUUUCCUCUUUCCCGUGUGCAAGCCCUCUUCCUGCAUGUAACGUGUGGCUCCAGAGAGUUACUUCAGAUGUAUGAGAUAGGGAUUAUAUCUGCUCUAUUGCUUUCUGUCAUGGCAUGCUGCCACGCUGUUCGCUCAUACCUCUAUUUUAUCCAUUCGGCCCCAUUAUAAACACAGAAGGUGGUGACAGACUGUGAUCACAGCAGUAGAAUAGGUAUCAAAUAAAUCUGGGGGGAAAAGGAGGUCUUUAAUAUUUCAGGGUCACCUUCUGUCUCUGCUGAGGUGAGAGAUAAGAAGUUAUUCUAUUGCUUAAGACAUCCAAAAAGAUGUGGAAGAGGGAAUCAAAGAAAGAUGCUUGAAAAGAUUUCCCCUCUCCAUUUGUAGUGACCUGCUAGGAGGUAAAUAUGGACCUAAGUGUGUCAAUGGGACUCUGGAGAGACGGCACCAUGCGUUGAGGGGACCGGCAUGAUACAGAGGGGCUCCAGUGGAAGGAGAAGUAGGCCAUCAGCAGCAGAGACACAACAUUACAAACAAAGAUUUAGAGCUGGGAGAUUUAUCAGCAAACAUCAUAUGGCUGAAAGUAUGUGGACACCUGAGCAUUAAAACUAUAUAUGAUUGCCAUCUCAUACACAAACUUCAGGUAUUAAUAUUCUAUUAUAACAAUCUCUACUGAGUCACAAUAAAGUACAUUCAUGGAGAGGGAUUUCUGACAUACACUAGACUUUUUCACAGGAGAGAUUUUGACUUGCAAAAGUAAGAAAAGCAUAGGUGUUUGUCAUUGUUGCAUUAAGCAUUAAGAUUUUGAUUAGUUGAACGUAAGAGGCCCAAACCAAAAGAACAUUCAAGUGUGUGGCCAGGCGAGUCCACUUAGUUUUGCCCAUAUAGUGUACAUGAUCUGAGAUAUAUAUAUCAAAGCUUAUAGUGUUUUCCUGGUCUUAAUGGGUGUGUUGCAGGAACCUUUUCUUAGAGGAAAAGUUUGACAUUUUGGGAGAUAUGCUUAUAUCAAGCUGCAGCCAGCAGCAGGUUAGCUUAGCUUAGCACAAAGACUGGUAACAGGUGGAAACAGCUAGCCUGGCUCUGUCCAAAGGUAACAAAAUUCACCUACCAGCACCUCUAAAGCUUACUAUUACCAUGUCAUACCUUGUUUGUGUAAUCUGUACUAAAACAUGAAUAAACAUUUUUCCCUAAAUGUUGAACUACUUUAAGUUAUCUUACUAUCUGUUCCUGCUAAAUGAAAUGUAAACAAUGUCACACAUUUCUCAGAGAACAAAAUCAGAAACAUGAUAAAUAAAAAAAGGAAAUAACUGGUCAUUUUUUUAGAAGAAUGAGUCAAAAACGUUCGAUCUCCCAGCUCUAGGGUUGAGGCUCUGGUAUCAACAGCUCGGUCACCAUGGCUGCCUGGGCUGAGUCUGCUCACCCUCGGGCCCCCCGGGGACAGGUCUCCUCCCGCGGUCCUCUCUCCAUGGCACCAGUCCGCCAUCUUGUUUUUGUCAGGCUGUGCUAAGUCAUUCUAGCUCAACGUGUACUACGACCGUCUAGGGACAACUAGCUGCACAUAAAACAGGUUCUUGAUUAAUGGCUCACUCCGAGGCUGUUAUUGUGAGCAUAACCUGUGCAGAUAGAGAUAGAGACACCUUGAUCUCUGCAUAAGUGUAGCUUUGAAAACAAAAAGCACAACAACAAAAAAAGACAGAAAAGUCCCACUACUGGCUGUGUUAUUUUUGCUUUGAUGUCAUUUGAGGUAAAUGUGUGUCAAAUGUCAGAGUAGUUUUUGUGAAUAUAUGAUACAAAUGUACAAAAAAAACAAGAAAAAUUGAAAGUUUUAUGGUUGUGAAAAGCUUUACUUUACUGAAUUACUUUAUCAACAGAAAAGAAAAGCAAGAGAUAGAAAAGAUAAUUUUACUAAAGCUCCUCCACAGAGCUGCUUUGUGACUGUGUCUGUAUUUGUUGGUAUUUAUGUUGAUGUCCCUUUAAGUUAAGGGGAUCCAGAGCCGUCUCAGAGUAUGUGCAAUGCCCUUUGACCCCUCCCCGUCUGGAUGACCUUUGACACGACUCUUCUGUUUGUGCACAGUAAGACGAACAGUAACGCAGGAGUGAACUCUGAGGAACUUGUAUCAGAGCGCAGAGCUGCUCCUCACAGCCACAGGUCUCCAUGCUGUUUGUUUCUGUGGCGAUGAAGGGGGAAGAAAAGGACAUGAAGCUGGGGACGUCACGGCUACGACUGUGUUUUAUUUGGGCCUUUUUCCAUUUGACAUCCAAACAUCACCAACAUCACUGGUUUUACUGAACUGCUAGCCCGGGAAUGCACUAUUGAUUGGUAAAUGAAGAUUAUGAAUAAAGUUUCAAACAAAGAGGAAUAUUUUUGUUGUUGUUGUUACCUCG